ACUGACACUCCAUUUCUACUACCUUACUACUACUUUACUGCUCAUGGCAAGAGAGCAUCUCCUCAUCAGAGCAGCCAAGGGCCAAGAUGUCGAAAGGCCGCCCAUGUGGGUCAUGCGGCAAGCAGGUCGAUACUUGCCCGAAUACCACAAGGAAAAGGGCAGCAUGGACUUCUUCCAGACGUGCAGAGACCCUGAAGUAGCAUCCAAUAUCACCGUUCAGCCUGUGGACCGCUAUGAAGGUCUACUAGAUGCCGCCAUCAUCUUCAGUGACAUCCUGGUGAUCCCUCAAGCACUUGGCAUGGAAGUCAAGAUGAUUGACAAGCUUGGUCCUUCCUUCCCCAGCCCAAUCAAGGGACCCGAAGAUCUUGCCAAACUGCGUACACUCGAUGAGAUUGAUGAUGCGUUGGUGGAUCGCGAGCUUGGGUAUGUGUUUGAGGCCAUCAAGGCCACCAAGACGAAACUACGCGAUCGUGUACCGUUGAUUGGCUUUUGUGGUGCACCCUGGACACUUGCUGCCUAUAUGAUUGAUCGUGGCGGCAGCAAGACUUUCCACAAACCAACGGCGUUUAUGAGGCGACACCCGACCGCUGCACAUGACUUGCUUGCGCGCUGCACAAAAAUGGCUAUCCCGUACUUGGUAAAGCAAGUGCAAGCUGGCGCUCAGCUGCUGCAAGUCUUUGACUCAUGGGCAGGUGAGCUUGGUAAAGCGGAUUUCAUGGAAUUCGCAUACCCGUACCUCAAGGAGAUUGCACACGGUGUGGACGCAGCGCUGGAUGCACUCCAUCUCCCACGCGUACCAAAAACAGUGUUUGCAAAAGGUGCGUGGUUUGCAUUGGAUGAGUUGUGUGAGUGCGGCUAUGAAGUGGUUGGGCUUGACUGGACGCACGAUCCUGCAGAGGCCGUCGCCGUUGCGCGUGGUCGUGUCACUUUGCAAGGAAACCUGAAUCCGGCUUGGUUGAUUGCCGGUCGUGAAGUAUUGACGGCGGAGGUGGAGAAGAUGAUUGCUGGGUUUGGCGGUGGGAAGCGUGGAUACAUCAUCAACCUGGGACACGGCAUCUUCCCUGAAGUCGAUCCGGAAGACCUCAAGUGGUUCUUCCAAGAGUGUCAUCGGGUCGGGAGUGUGUCUGAGCCGCAUGAGUUUUGAAAAGAAUAGUUCAAGUAGAUGGUUGUCUCUCGGCAUACCUUGGCAGCGUGAUGUGUUGUGCUGGUCAGUCUAUGCCGUAUAUGAUGAUCUACAGAUAGUCUACGAAGGCCCUCUUGGCGACGUCUUGAUGGAUGAUGACUGGGUUGAGU